UUGAAGCAGCUCCUCCGGGGUGUUUGAACAGGAAGGCGGACAUGUUGGCCGAGCUGUGUGAGAGAAAUUGUGCACAGUAUGCGAUUGUUUUCCGAAAACUAACACACAACUUACGUGAUUCCUAUUUAUAUUCGUCGUGAGGCUCUUGCUGUUGAGAAGGGGGGAAACUCGACUUUCACGGACAGCUGAAGGGACGCAGCGGAAGGACUGCCGUUGAAAAACCUGAAAGCGUCUCCCGUAUUUAAACUUCGAAAUUUGGAAGAAGCAGAAGUUUUUUCCACCACAACUUCUACUUUUGAGCUGUCAGAUUGCGGCUUUCUGCAUGGGCCUGGCACAGCUAUGGGAACACGCCUGGAUUAGUCUUCCCUCUGUUUAUUUUUGAACAUUGCAUUUGCCUAUAAUUGCCUUUUGUUUGCAACGUUUUAAGCCCUUAUCCUCAGAGGCAUCCUACGGUUGUCUAAUCUGUCGCCGCAUUUAUCUUUUGACACUGAAGUUGGUUGCCACUCGCAGUGAAGAGGGGGGAAAACAUUCCCCGACUUGGAAAAUGUGGAGUGGUAGGUGCCACUUGAACGUCUUAAUUUUCUCUAAAAGCUCUGGGACAGCGAUGUAUUUUCUUUGAGGUGCAGCGUGAAGUUCACACGAAGAAAGGGACGUUCGGCUGGCUAGCUGCAACUGGCAACGGCUAGCUAGCUAGCUAGCUAGCCAGCUUUCUUGCCUCGCCUGGGAGCUGUUUUUUUUUUCUUCAUACCCUACUCUUGGAACUGUAAUUGGCAGCAAAAAUGUCUGGAGGAGAAGGCAUGGAGGCACGGUUUGAGAAAAUCGAUGCUAUGUUACAAGACCCCAAGUCGGAAAUCAACACGGAUUGUCUACUGGAUGGCUUGGAUGCUCUGGUAUACGACCUCGACUUCCCUGCCCUUAGGAAAAACAAGAGCAUUGACAACUUCUUGAAUAGAUAUAAAAAAACUAUUAGUAAAAUAAGGGAUUUGCGAAUGAAAGCAGAAGACUAUGAGGUGGUUAAAGUUAUUGGAAGAGGUGCAUUUGGAGAGGUUCAGUUGGUAAGACACAAAUCCACACAUAAAGUAUAUGCCAUGAAGCUGCUGAGCAAGUUUGAGAUGAUCAAAAGGUCAGAUUCCGCUUUCUUCUGGGAAGAGAGGGACAUAAUGGCUUUUGCCAACAGUCCGUGGGUUGUGCAGCUCUUUUUUGCAUUCCAAGAUGACCGCUACCUCUAUAUGGUGAUGGAAUACAUGCCUGGUGGGGAUCUGGUUAACUUGAUGAGCAACUAUGACGUCCCAGAGAAGUGGGCCCGCUUUUACACAGCAGAGGUGGUGCUUGCUCUGGAUGGAAUCCACUCCAUGGGUUUCAUUCACAGAGAUGUAAAGCCUGAUAACAUGUUGCUCGACAAAUCGGGUCACUUAAAACUUGCAGACUUUGGAACGUGCAUGAAAAUGAAUGAGGAUGGAAUGGUACAGUGUGACACAGCAGUUGGAACUCCAGACUACAUUUCACCAGAGGUACUGAAAUCCCAAGGAGGAAACGGGAACUAUGGAAGAGAGUGUGACUGGUGGUCAGUGGGGGUGUUUCUUUAUGAGAUGCUUGUUGGCGAUACUCCCUUCUAUGCAGACUCAUUGGUGGGGACUUAUAGUAAAAUCAUGAACCACAAGAAUGCCCUGACCUUCCCAGAUGACAGUGACAUUUCCAACGAUGCCAAGAAUCUCAUCUGCGCUUUCUUGACUGACAGGGAAGUUCGGCUCGGCCGGAAUGGAGUCGAUGAGAUUAAGAGGCAUCCUUUCUUCAAAAAUGACCAGUGGACAUGGGAAAACAUCAGAGAGACCGCUGCCCCUGUGGUGCCUGAACUGAGCAGUGACACUGACACCAGUAACUUUGAUGAUAUCGAGGAGGACCGAGGAGAGGAGGAGACCUUCCCCAUACCGAAGGCCUUUGUGGGCAAUCAGCUCCCUUUUGUCGGCUUUACAUAUUACAGCACUCAGCAUCAUUUGCGUGGUCCUGCUGCCUCAAAGACGAGUGACAAACGUAGCAGUUCAACGAAAGAGGACAAGAGUCACUUGGAGAACCUGCAAAAACAGAUCUACCAACUACAGGAGCAACUCCACAUUGAAAUGCAACAAAAAGAUGAGCUGGAACAGAAAUGCAGGACGUCAAACACAAAGAUGGAGAAGAUUAUGAAGGACUUGGAUGAGGAGGCGAACCUGAGGAAGAGUGUAGAAGCCAGCAUGUCUCUGCUGGAAAAAGACAAGAUUAUGCUGCAGCACAGAGUCACAGAGUAUCAAAGAAAAGUUGACCAGGAGGGAGAAAAAAGGCGCAAUUUAGAGAAUGAAGUGUCAACUUUAAAGGAGCAGCUUGAAGAUAUGAAGAAGAUCAGCCAGAACUCACAGGCCUCAAAUGAUAAGAUUGCCCAACUGCAGAAGCAGCUGGAGGAGGCAAACGACUUGCUGCGUGCAGAGUCAGACACAGCAGCAAGACUGAGGAAGAGCCACACAGAAAUGGCAAAGUCGAUGAGCCAACUGGAGACUAUGAACCGUGAGCUGCAGGAGAGGAGCCGGGCGGGAGACGGAGAGAAGGCACAGCUGGAGAAGGAGCUCCUGCUACUUCAGAGCACGCUCGAGUCAGAGCGAAGGAACUACAGUCAGGGAUCAGAGGAGAUGAGGGAACUGCAAGCGAGAUUGGCUGGACUGCAAGAGGACAACAAAAACUUGAAGAUCAAUCUUUCUAAAGUGGAAGGGGAACGUAAGCAUGCCCAAGAAAGGAGCAACUACCUUGAGAAGGAAAUGAACGGUUUGGAGAUUGACCUGAAUUACAAGCUGAAGACCCUCCAGCAGCGCCUGGAGCAGGAGCAGACAGAGCACAGAGUGACCCGGGCACAGCUCACUGACAAAUACGAAUCUAUUGAAGAAGCCAAAUCAGCUGUUAUGAUUGCUGUUCAGCAGAAGAUGGGAGAGGAGACUGGAGCCAGGAUAAGGGCAGAAGGCCGGGUGGUGGAGGUUGAGAAGCAGUGCUCAAUGUUAGAAUUUGACCUGAAGCAGUCGGUGCAGAAAAUGGAGCAGUUGAUGAAGCAAAAAGAAAGGCUGGAAGACGAGGUGAAAAGUCUGCACAUACAUCUGGAACAGGAGUCAAAUAAGCGAGUCAUUGCCCAGAAUGACUUGAAGAGCCGCACUCAGGAUGUUGACCGCCUACGGUGUUCAGAGAAGCAGCUCAAGCAGGAGAUCAACACCGUGCUGGAAAGCAAACGCUCUCUGGAGUUCCAACUGGCACAGCUGACAAAGCAGUACAGAGGCAACGAGGGACAGAUGAGGGAACUUCAGGACCAGCUUGAAGCCGAACAGUAUUUUUCUACACUUUACAAAACUCAGGUUAAGGAAUUAAAAGAGGAGAUAGAAGAACGGAACAGGCAGUUACAAGAAGCACAGAAGAAGGUGCAGGAUUUGAUAAGUGAUAGGGAUUCAUUGUCUGCUCAACUGGAUCUGACGGUAACCAAGGCCGAGUCUGAGCAGCUCGCUCGGGCUCUUCAGGAAGAGCAGUACUUCGAACUCAGCCAAGAGAACAAGAAAGCAACAGCUAGGCACAAGCAGGAGUUGGGAGAAAGAGAGGCCACUAUUGCACGGCUUGAGGAAUCGAAUAAAACACUGACCAAAGAUGUGGAGACCCUCAGCAAAGAUAACACAGAGCUGAGUGAGAAGCUUCGUCUUAAGGAGGAAGAAUAUGUCUCACAGAAGGAAGAGAUCAUGGCUUCAAUCAAAGCCAACUAUGAGAAGGUGCUCCAAACAGAGCGCACACUGAAGACUCAGGCUGUCAACAAGCUGGCAGAGAUCAUGAAUCGUAAAGAUAUGAAGCUUGACCAGAAGAAGAAAGGCAGCACUGCAGAACUGCGCAAGAAGGAGAAAGAGAACCGCAAGCUUCAGCAAGAACUCAAUCAAGAGAAAGAGAAGUUUAACAGCAUGGCCAUCAAGUACCAGAGGGAGGUCAAUGAUAUGCAGGCGCAACUUGCAGACGAAUUCACACAUCGCAAUGAGCUGCAGAUGCAGUUGGCUAGCAAGGAAAGUGACAUUGAGCAGCUCCGCGAGAAGCUGAACGAUUUGCAGCAAAGAAUGGAGAAUUCAAGCAUCACCAGCUUGCAGACUGAUGAAACGGACAGUAAUCCUGCAGAAUCCAGAUUGGAGGGCUGGUUGUCUAUUCCAAAUCGUACUAAUAUCAAGCGAUAUGGAUGGAAGAGACAGUAUGUGGUGGUGAGCAGUAAGAAGAUUCUCUUCUACAACGAUGAGCAGGAGAAAGAACUGUCUAACCCUUCCAUGGUACUUGAUAUCGAUAAACUGUUUCAUGUGAGACCUGUCACCCAAGGGGACGUAUACCGCGCAGAAACAGAAGAGAUUCCUAGGAUAUUUCAGAUUCUAUAUGCCAAUGAAGGAGAGUGCAGAAAGGAGCUUGAGGAAGUUCCUGUCCCUCAGGGCGAAAAGACCAACUGUCUUGCACACAAAGGUCAUGAGUUCAUCCCCACACUAUAUCACUUCCCCUCCAACUGUGAGGCCUGCGCCAAGCCCCUGUGGCAUGUAUUCAAGCCGCCUCCGGCCCUGGAGUGCCGCCGCUGCCACGUGAAGUGCCACAGGGACCACCUUGACAAAAAGGAAGACGUUAUUGCUCCUUGCAAAGUAAACUAUGAUGUCACCUCUGCCCGGGAUAUGCUCUUACUGGCCGUGACCCAGGAGGAGCAAAAGAAAUGGAUCGGCCACCUUGGGAAAAAGAUCCCAAAGACCCCACCUUCAACAUUCUCCAGAGUCUCACCUCGUAGUAUGUCCACUCGCUCCGGACCCAACCAGUCCUUCCGCAAAAACCCUAAAAGCAAUACAGGAAAACUGAGCAGAGCGCAGUCCAGCCUCCAUGCAGCAGACACAACAUCAAGCACUUGUUGACAGGAACUUCUUCAGAAAGUGUUGAUGUUGUAUUUUAGAUUUUCCCUACUCACCUUCAAACCUUUUGUAUUUAUUAAUAGCGCUACUGGGUCCUUUUUUUAACAUGGGACACUUCCUGGUUGGUUGUUUUCCCUUCCUCCUGGGAUCUUGACACUGUUUUUUUUUAUCUAAUUGACACUAAAAUGGUUUUGGGCUCAUUAACUAACAUGAUAGAGGUUGGAACGCUCAUUGGAUUUUUUUCAAAUAGCCUUUAUUCUCUCCUUUAUCUGUCAAACAUGGUCCAAAUUGAAGCUGGUAAUGUAGUUACAUUCUCUGUUUGACUGAAUACUAACAAAUGUAAAUGUAAAUAGUUUUUUUACUGGUGUGUGUUCUGUCUUUCAGCUAACCAUCUGAACCGUUGGGACUUUUUCUGGACUCUAAAACUUUCCCUCUUUUCUCAUCAACAAAUUGGAAAAAGCCUGUAUUAUAAAAGAAAUGUAUUGAAAACACAUAAAUUGCUAAACUAAAGCCGCUGAGAAACUGCGAUUCACGCCACAGCACAUUAUGGUGGACUGUAAAUGGCAGAAUCUGCUCCAUCUGCCUUUUUCUCCCCCCUUUAAAAUGUGUCAAGCUCAACAAACUCGCAGUUCUACAUUGUAUCCAGAAGAUGGCGUAAUUCUCUCAAAUUAAGAAUGGACAACAGAUGGAAGGCGUUCUCUGUUUCAUGUUUUUUGACGGACAUUAAUGGAAACUGGAAAUGUAGGGCGGGGGUGUAUGGACUCCUGCACGUGUGUUUUCAUUGUAAGGUACUGUUAUACAGGAUUUUAGUCCUGCAGUAAAAAGUUGGAUCUCAGGGGGUGGAAAGCGGAUUUACGAGUGAAGUCAUUUCUUUCCCCACCUGACUGAUAUCUCGGCUAAAUUUAACAGUUGUUUCCGACUUUUUAAAAAUUGACAAAAUGCCUUCAUCUAGCUAUUGUUGCUGGUCUUUUUGCCUUUUGUGUUUAGUUUCUUUUUGGUUUGUUUAUUUGUUUUUGUUUUUUUUACACUUUGCAACUCAGUUAUCAGAUCUGGAAAAGCGUUUUUUGUUUUUCGGGGGUUAAUGAGUAUUAGGUGUUUCGAGUAUUGAGAGAGCAGCAUGCAAGAUCAUCAUUUAAAUCUAUGCAUUAUUUUUAUUCUAAUUAUUUUAUUGCUCCAAGCCAUAAGGAGAACUUGGCUGUAAUGGCAUAUAGGAGUCGUAAAACUUAACGGAUUUUGUUUUCUGUUUAUUUGGUACAUGUCUCUGUAAUGUUUUUUUUUUUGUAAUGUAUUGCCUUAUACUGGUUGAUGGAGAAAUGGCUCAAAAGGAAAACAUUAAGUUAACUAAUGUAAAACUGCACUGUUUGACUUGAGUGUAAAUUAUUUGUAGAAGACUAAACAGGUGUAGCAUUUGGCCCCACCUUGUGCCUUAACGUUUGGAUAUUGAUUUUACUGCCAUAUCAGUUCUUUUGUUCUUUCAUUUUUUUUUUGCAACAUAAGAUAAAUCUUAACUCUUCCAUUGUUUUGUUUUUUUUAAGAAAUUGCAACCUGUUUGGUUUUUAUCAGAGUUUUUUUUCUGGUUAUGAACAUCAAAAAAAAUAUAUAAAUAUAUUAAAAUACCUCUUCAUGGACACAAAGUUCCAAAACUUGGUUCAUAUGUUAGAAGUUUCAUAAAGGGUUUACGCAAAACUAGUCUGUAUGAAUGAUGGACAUAUUAACAAAUAAGUUGUUUUUCCUGUUAAGUUUAAUUUUUUCAAAAUCCCCCAUUCAGAGUGUACAUAAAGAAAGGAUUAUAGCAUACCUCCACGGUCUUUAAUUUGUAAUAUUUCUAUUUUCUUUUCAGUAAAAAAAAACAAAAAAAAAAAGCACUGGAAAUAUGAUCUCUUGUCUUGGAUAAUUUGCAUGGGUAAUUUGCAUUGGACCCCGCACUGAUGGAUAUGUCAAUAAACAUAUCAUUAUCAUGUUUUUUUUUUUUGUUUACUUGUAUUUAUCAGUUUAAAUCUAACUUUGAUUGAGGUUGUCAUAACAAUCACUUCAGUUCUGAGUUAAAUAAAAAAAUUGGUGCAAAUAAUAGUUGGGUGAACAAAAGCUAAAACCCACUCUACUUUAAAUGACAAUUUUGAAGGUUAUGAAAUAUUUUAAAGAGAAGAUUCCAUCUAUUUUCAGUCAUUUUUAGAAAAUAAAUAAUUUUAUAUUAACUCAAGAGGGAGAUAUUGUAUGUCUUUAUCAUAGAUUUCAUGGUUAUGGCUGACAAAUGGAAAACCCAAAAAACUAAGUAAAGAUUAUGAAGAAAUAAACAGAAAUUUCAGGCUUCUAAA